AUGGUUCAGGAAGCUUCAGAUGCCAGAGGCCCCUCUGUGGUUGCUGCCAAGGAUCAAGAGCUGGACCUUGAUUAUCAUGAGGAUUCAAUUCAGGUGUCCACACAAGAAUCGUCUAAACAGACGAAGGCUGCACAAUCCAUGUCUCGCGAUUCCGACGAGGAAGACGAAUGGGCUGAACUAGCCAUGACCGUCAAGCUGUGCCUUGCUACCGCUGCUCCCUCGCAGAAACUACUGGAAGAACACGUGAAGCUGGCUCCAUCAGGAGAAUACGACUUCUUGGAAAUCUCUAUGGCAUCAAGCGCAAAGGGAUCAGGUUCUGGAGGUUGGUCUCCCACUUCUGUUCUGGAUGGUUCCCCAUUCAAGCCCUCCAACUGGCACAGCAGGAAACCUGAAGGAUCACCUCAUUCUCUCAAUAACGAGCAGCAUGAGCAGAAGCAGCAGAACCAGCAGCAGUCGACUGCUCAGUGGACCGCGCUUUCCGCGCAGCCGUGCUUGCUGUUGCCGUCUCAGCGUGUGGUUGUGGAUGUGUCCUUCAGGCAGCAGUUUGAAGUGGCUCGCCCGACCCCUCGCUAUGCCGAGCUUCUCUCGCAGCUUCCGUCCGUGUUCGUCGGCGGACGUCAGCGUCUCAAACCACUUGUCACCGCUCUGGCUACUGCCAUGAACCUGUCACUCCAAAGCAGUGGAAUCGCGAUAGCUCCCUGGCGCCGUACUAAGUACCUCUUAAGCAAGUGGUUCCCCACAACGGAUGCUGGAACUGCUAUCCCUGAGGCUCGCACCCAGAUCCUACCAGAGAUGGUAGCGGGAGACCUUCCUACCCCUGUGGCAGCCGUGCCUACGAACCUGCCAGUCGCAACGACUGCUGAAUUGGUUGCUGCUGCGACCAUGAAAGCUGCUGACGCCUUACCUGGCUUCAUAGCAAUGCCUGUAGCUGCCGGUGUGGUGAACGACUCAUGCCAGAAUGGCGAGAAGGGGCUUGGCAAUACUGGAAGCACCAAGGUUCCUCGGGUAGUGACCGACAGCCUGGCAGAGAUGUCUCAGCUGCAGCUGCUGGCAAGCAAGGAGGUCCUCAAGUGCUGCCACCACCACAAUCUGGCACACCAGAAGAAUACCAAUGUCUCUUCAGCUGCUGCUGGUGCCACUGGUGCUGCUGGUGUGGUAGGGUUUGCUGUUGAUGACUGGAAGCCUCCCGCAGUGGCUGCCAAGCGGCGGCCUGCUUGCAGGGAGGGCAGUCUGUCCCUCUGCAUGCGCCUUCAGGAGAGGGAGGAGGGGGAGCUGUAUUGA